GUCUCAAGACACGUGUCAUCGAUGUGAUACGGCACGCUGUGUGAGAACAGAAAACCACGGACACCUUUCGGCUUGUAAGAAGCAGGUACACCCCAGCAGUCCUGCACAGCUUUCUCAGACUCCUGAACCAGAGACAUGCGUGCCCUACACCAUCACCUGAUGCUUCUGAUGAUGCUGCUUCUGCUUGUGCACGGCUGUUGUGCUGAGAAGAUCAUUAAUGGGAGUACUGUAGCAGAUAAAGACAUGAAGUUCAUGGCAUCAGUACAGAACAAUGGGAAGCAUGUCUGUGGAGGCUUUGUGAUAAAGCCCAACUUUGUACUGACUGCAGCACACUGCGAAAAAUGGCUCACUGGCAAGGUGAGUGUUGUUCUUGGGGCACACAACAUCCGUAAAACAGAGAAGAACAAGCGAUACUAUAUCAGAAAAGAGGACAGAAUCAUCCACAAAGCGUACAAAAAAGUCAUAGCUGGAAAUGACAUCAUGCUGUUGAAGCUGUCAGGGAAAAUCGGCAAGGAUGUGAAAACAGUGAAAAUCCCUACAACUGAGAAAACGAAGAUGAACAAUACCACAAAGUGUUUGGUCGCUGGUUGGGGUAAAACAAGUAAGAAUGAACCCUCAAUUCAGCUCCAAGUGGCCCAGGUUCAACUCAUCGAUUUCCCAAACUGCCAGGCAGCGUGGAAGCAAAAGGACAUCAACAAGACACUUCCCAAAAAUGUCAUGUGUGCCAAAGGGUUCAACAGGAAUGGUCCGAGUCUGGGAGACUCGGGAGGUCCAUUGGUGUGCAAUGGCCUGGCUGUUGGUAUAGUGUCAUUCAACCUAAGUGAAGGCUAUCGACAGAUCAUCCCUUCUGUUUAUACUCAAAUCUCAAAGUUCCUGCCAUGGAUCAAAAGCAAAACUGGUCCCAGUUUUGAUUUGCAAGAUUAUUAUUUUGAGUAAAUGCAUAGCUUUUGUAUAGCUGAAUCACUGAAUGCAUGUAUGAAACCACCAAAUCAUGCAUUCAUGUAUGUCUGCACUUGUGAUUGUGCUUUCUAUAAUAAAUAAAACCUCCACAUUGUUC